AUGGAGUCUCCCAGUCGAACUUGCUCAGACACAGUCGAGGAGCCCAACCCUUUCGCCCCUUUCCCAAAUUCGGAGCCGAAUGAACGACGAAUCCUCACUCUCCGUGCGAUCCUGGUUGGGAGUCUCUGCGGGACGCUCGUCAAUACCUCGAAUAUCUACCUUGGUUUGAAGGCAGGAUGGACGACAUCGGCGAACAUUUUCGGGUCAAUCAUCGGCUUCGUCGUCCUCAAACAGUGGUCCGCGUCCUCAUUCUCAAAUCACGCCUUUGGCCCGCACGAGAAUAAUAUCGUCCAGACGGCUGCUACCGCCGCUGGAGGGCUUUCCGGUGUAUUCGUUUCGGCCGUCCCUGCGCUGCAUCAACUGGGAUUAUUGAAGACACCUGGGGCAGACUACUUCCAUCUCACGCUCUUGACGGGGCUGGGGGGUCUGUUUGGGUUGUUUUCUAUCGCUCCACUCCGCCACUUCUUCCUCGUUCAGGUUGCACGCGAGUUAGAUCUCCGCUUUCCCUCCUCGACUGCGACGGCGACGACGAUUCGUAGUAUGCAUCAGGCACUCGAAGGCGGGCUUAAGGCGCGACGGAAGCUACGGGUUGUGGUAAUUUCCUUCCUUGCAGCCUUGAUAUUGCGGGUGGCGUCUCAGUAUGCGAUAGGAAUACUAUGGGACUGGCACCCGUUUACCUGGAUGGUGACCACCGGAAUUACAGUUAGCGCAGCAAUGUCACUCGAAAGCUGGGGCUGGUACAUUGAAUGGACACCUGCAUUCAUCGGAUCUGGAAUGCUUGUCAGCGUCAACGUCGCAGUCUCAUUUCUCGCUGGGUCUGUUCUUGCUUGGGGGGUUAUCGGGCCACUUUUGGUUUCGAACGGAAUUGCCUUUGGGCAGCAUCGCUCGAGUGAGGGGCCAUGGACGGAGCUAAUGAGCUACACGUCCCUAUCAAAGGAGCUGGCGACGGCUGACCAUCCGAGUCCACGGUACUGGCUACUUUGGCCAGGGGUUAUCUGUAUGACUACGACGGCUCUUACAGAACUCGCCUGCCAAUGGCGCGUGAUAUGGAUCGUCCUGCGCGAUGGAUUUAGCCUAUUGGUAAAGUGGGCCAAGCUGAAACUCGGCAAAGGAUAUGCAUACACUAGCCUCGAGCAGCCAGAGAAGCCCGAUCCUGCUGACAGCAAUCGAGUCCGACUAUGGAUGUGGCUGCCAGGUGUGAUACUAGUGAUCGUGCUAUCGUGUCCUGCUCUGAAAGCUCAGUUUGGCAUGUCGUACGUGAUGACACUACUCUCGCUCUUCCUCGCGUUCGGCAUGUCGCUGUUGGCGAUUCAGGCUACAGGGGCGACGGAUACGACACCGCUGGGUACACUAUCCAAAGUCUCGCAGGUCAUCCUGGGAGUCGUCAACAGCCAACCAAGUAUCGAGGCAGCACAAAGACUGAACCUCAUUGGAGGUGCAUUAACCAACAUCGCUGCCAGCCAAGCAACAGACCUAAUGGGCGACUUCCGCGUCGGCUUCCUCCUGGGCACACCCCCAAGCACCCAAUACCUCACGCAGAUAAUCGGCACCCUGCUCGCAACAUUUAUCUCCCCGCUAAUCUUCAUAGUCUUCUCCACCGCGUACCCCUGCAUCCUCGCGUCGGACCCGAACCCCACAGACUCGUGUGAAUUCUCCCUCCCCGCCGCAAGUGCCUGGCGCGUCAUCGCCGUCGCCGCAACAGAACCCACCUUACCGAUCCCGCGCUCAAGCCUAAUCUUCUCGAGCAUCAUGGGCAUCGUCGGCUCAGCUAUGGUCCUCCUUCGCCACUUCAUCCUCGUCGACAAAUGGGCGCACGCCCGCAAAUAUCAUCCGAAUUUCAUGAUCCUCGCCAUGGCGUUUACCCUCCCGGCGACGCAUUACGGGAUUGCGAUGGUCAUUGGUGCGCUUGUUGCGGCGGUUUGGAGAAAACGCUCGCUUGUAGGAUACGAGGAGUAUGGGGCUGCUGUUGCGGCGGGCAUGAUGGCGGGGGAGGGCAUUGGGGGGAGUGUGAAUGCGCUCCUGUCGAUUUUGGGGGUAGGUGGGGAGGGAUGGGGAACGGGGGUUGGGUGUCCGGCUGGGAGGUGCUAG